CAUAAGAUGGCAACUAUUGAGUCCCACCAAGCCACACUGUUGAGCAUAGACGAUGAAAGCCUAGCUCUUAUACUUGAUCUACAGCAAGAAGAUGGAGAGCAUUUUGCUGACAGCGCGAAGGGAAAGAAAAGGGAGGGUGAACUCAAUGAUGCAGAACUUGCACUCCAGAUCUACUUGGAGGAGAUUGCAGGAGCAGCUUCUUUUGCUUUAGAUCGCAGAAUGACUAGAAGUAUCCAGAUGGCUAUUCGGGAUGACGCAGAUGCUUUGAAUCAAGUGGUAAACGCAGAGAAUGCCGCCAAAGACGAUCGAGCUAUGUCAAUCGCCCUCUCGAAUGGGACGAACUUGGCCAACACAAACGGAUCUACAGCCAAUGACUUGGCUGAAGAUAUGGAACUUAUUGAGAAGAUGUCGUGCAUCUAUGUUACCGGGGUCCAUGAUGAAAACAGCGAAGGUGAAUCUAGUGAAGGUCAGGAAACCAAUGCCAGUGACCACGCCGAAAGCUCCGCCUGGGCUGCAUCGCGCCCGCGAAGAUCUACACAGAAACGCGAGUGUGUGUCUUGCGGAGAACACUGGUUUUUCACCGACGUCGCUCGCGCUCCAUGUCAGCAUGAGUACUGCAGAGGUUGUCUGCGGCAUCUCUUCGAGGACGCGAUGGUUGACGAGAGCUUGUUUCCGCCCCGUUGUUGCAAACAACCGAUACCUCUGAACAGGAACAUACUCUUCCUUCCAGAGCGUGUGGUCAUCCUUUUUCGCGAAAAAAGUGUCGAGUUCUCUACACCUAAUCGUACGUAUUGCCAUCAAAAGACCUGCUCAGCCUUUGUGCCUCCGACGGGUUGUGCCAACGGAAUCGCUACCUGUACUCUGUGCGCGGCACAGACCUGUACCACUUGCAAGAGUGAGCGCCACAGCGGCGACUGCCCCCAUGAUGAGGCGCUGCAAGAGGUGAUUACACUUGCUCGUGAAGUUGGGUGGCAGCGAUGCCGAAACUGCUGGACAAUGGUGGAACUAAAUACCGGCUGCAAUCACAUGACAUGCCGAUGUGGUUCGCAAUUCUGCUACAAUUGUGGUAUUAAAUGGAAAGAAUGUAACUGUGAGCAAUGGGACGAGCAUCGCCUGCUGGAACGCGCAGAGGAGAUUGAUGCUCGCGAUCAUGAUCGUCUGGCGGAACUAGUAAUUGGACAGCCCCAAGAGGAACGCCGAAAUACAGAGCGCCGCCAUCAACGCCUGAACAGACUUAUGGAUAACCUUCGAGCUAAUCAUGAGUGCGACCACGAUCGAUGGCGUGGAAGACCCGGACCGCGCGUGUGUGAAGAAUGCAACGACGAGAUGCCCCAAUUCAUUUACGAAUGCCGCCAAUGUCAUAUUUUGGCAUGUCGACGGUAUACAAUGAUCAAUACGUUUGGUUCCACAAGAUAUGUUAUCAGAUACAGAGGAGGAUACGAUACAUAUUUGAGUUUUACUACGUGCCACGGAGUUUGUUCAAAUUUUCUUGUCCAAGUAAUCCCUCUAGCAGGACUUGAUAAGCACAUGGAAUUUGAUCUGUCUAUUCGACAAGUAUAUCGAGGGCAUGUAAUGUGGUAA